AUGCUUCCAAGUCCCGUGUUCCUUCCCUUCACCUGCCCCCACCCCAACCACCCACGGCCCCCCAUCGUCCCCCUCUUCCCCUCUCCCCUCCACAGCUGCCGUCUCUUAUCUUCCCCCAUCCUUGCCCUUUUCCCUCCCCUUCGCCUCCCCCAUCCUCCCCCAUCCUCCCCCAUCCUCCCCCGUCCUCCCCUACCUCCCUCAUCCUCCCCAUCCUCUCCCAUCAUCAUCCGUCUUCCCUCGUCCCCCUCUCCAAUUCGUUAUCCCUUCCCCCACUCUCCCCCCAAUCCCCCCCAAUCAGCCCAGAGUUUCCACGCAGAGUUUCCCAGUGCGUGGCAGGCCCUUGCUUCUCUCCCCCAACCCCUCGGCCAACCAGAACUCGCCACGUGGCACCCCCUCCCCCCCGAAGAGCCGGGGGAGGGGAAGGGGGAGCAUGGGGGACAGGGGGAGCUUGGGGGGAAUGGGGCGCUGGAGCAGCAGAGGGAGGAGUGGGGGGAGGUGGUGGGGGGAGGGCAGAGGGGCAGCAUGGGGCAGCAGCGCUACUGCACCUAUGUGGAUGAGUUUGUGAAGGCUGGACGGGGAGACGAGCCAUCACUCGCCUCCCUGCCACCCGCCGCCCCUAUUCUUCGGAAGCUUAUUCUCAGCGCAUGCCCAUCCAUUGAUGGGGCCGGCGUCUUUCGGCCGUAUCUUAAGGUGUUUCGGAGGGGAGCACAAGUGAGCAGCAGUGUCUUGCCUGGGGAGGUGCCGCCAUCCUUCCCCACGGGGUCAGCGUGGAUGGUGCCCUUCGAGGUCAACGCCCCUGUGUGGGGCGACUGUGCAUUCGCCGUGCAUCACUGGACAGGCAACAGCAGCAGGGACGAGAGCGAGCCCGUGUUUGUCUUCGCUUUCCACUCGGCGUUCCUACGCAUCGGCCUCACUCGAAUAACCCUUCACGAGCUUGACUGUGCAUACGGGGGGGACAUCCAAGUACCGGCCGAUUUCUUCAUCGACGUGCUCAUAGAUAUGCCGCAGCCACGUGGCGGCGUGACAUUGGCCGACGCCAACCCCGACGGCGCGCCAGCUGGCACGAUGCUGACGUGGCAGCAGCUUCUGGCGGCGUACCGGGACGACUUUGUGGAAGCUUCCAGGAAGCAGCGGAUGGCUCAAGAGAGGGAAGAGACGAGGCUGGGGAGAGCAGAGGCAGAGUGGAGUGAGCGGGAGGGAGAGGAAGGAGUGAACGGGAGAGGCAGCAGCACGUUCACAUCGGAUCAGCAAGAGCAUUUCAAACGGGAGAUUUCUCCAAGUGCUCUUGCAACGGAGGCAGUAGACGGGAGGGGCAGGGUGCCUCCGUUGCAAGAGCAACAGAGGGACCGGAGGGAUGCAGUGGGGGAUGGGGUGGGGGGUGAGAGGAGGAGCCUGGCUCGCAGCCUGGUGACAGAGGUGCAAGCCCACCCUCUCCUGCGCCACACAGGACAAGCAAGCCACCCGGGCAUGCUGUCUGUGCUGUCCAUGCCGCCCGGCGUGGCAUCCAUGCCGCCCGGAACGGCGUUCAUGUCGCCUGAAGUGAUGUCCUCUCGAUACGAGUUCCCUCCCACUCCCACAACGCCUCACAUGCCGCCCUCCCCCCACUCGCCCCUUCCCCACUCACCCCUCCCCCAACUUGCAUCCCUUUCCGAAGAUUUCAGCGUCUCCCAUUCCUCCUCUGCUGCUCCUCUCUCCUCCGCAAGCCAGCCGUCACAGGAGCUCGACUCUCUAGCUGAUCUCCUCAUUCGCAUGUCUCUGUCUACAGGCUCACGCCAUAGCAUGGGCGGUGGGGCCUUGAAAGGGGUUGACAGGCAUGGCAUGGGGCCUGGGGGGUCAAGGGGGGGCGAACGGCAUAGCGUGGUGGGUGGGGGGUUAAAGGGGGGCGACAGGCACAGCAAGGGUGUGAGCUUUGAGCAAGGGGGGGAGAGGCACAGCAUUGGGGGUGGGAGUGUGAAGGGGAGAGCCGUGGGUGAGGGGAGCAUGGUGGGGGGUGCAGAAAGGAUGGGGCAGGAAGGGAGUAUGGGGGGGAAGGGGACCAUGGGGUUUGCGGGGGGGAUGAGGGGGGAGGGGAGCAUGGGGGGUGCGGAGGGGAUGGGGGAAGAGAGGCAGAGCAUGGGGAAUUGGGGAGUGGAUGUGAGCGCUAUAGGUGGGGAGGGGAGUGUGGGGAGCACGGAUGGUAUGGGAGGGGAUUGGGAGGGCAUGGGUAGUGGGGAUGCGAUGGGGGGAAAGUGGCAAGGCAAGGGCAUGGGAAGUGAGGAUGUGAGGGUAGUGAGGGAGGUGAGAGAAGCAGGAGGAGAGUGGAGAGCAGGGGCGGGUGAAGCAAAAGGGGAUCACUUGAGAGCAAGUGCCACUGGAGAUCCUAAGCACGUGCUGCCACCUGACCGCCUGGGCCUGCUGCUUCAGGUGAUUCCAACAGAGGAGGAGGCGGCGAGGUUCAGAGCAGUCUCAGGUGCUGCUUCAGGUGCCAUGUGUGCACCUGAGCGCUUCCUUUGGUCCAUAUCCCUGAUCCCAAGAAUGAGGAGGAAAAUCGAGGCGCUAAUGUUUGUGCGGCAUUUUCACACCAUAGUCAAUGAUGCCCGGGCAGUCAUAAAAGUUUUUUGUUCUGCAGCCCGAGCGAUUCGCAGCAGCAAGAUUCUCCGGGCAGCGCUUGCAGCGGCGCUUGAAGUGGGGAACGAGCUCAACCGAGGCAGCGCAAGGGGUUCAGCCCGCGGGUUCUCUCUGGAUUCCCUCGCCCGCCUGUCAGAGGUGCGAGUCACUCCUCCAUCCCACCGUGCCAAGGGCCUCGACACACUGUUAACCGCCUCCCAGGUGGCUUCUGAGUCGACGCAGAAGUCAAACUCCUCCCAGAUUCUGCCUCCUGGCUCUCGAUUCUCGCGCACACAGUCCUUCCCUGUCACUCGUGCCAAUGCCCCCUCAUCCACCUCCUCCUCCUCGUCCUCGUCCUCCCCCUCCCCUUCCCCGUUUUCCUCCUCUUCCUCCUCCUCCGCUCGUCCCUCCUCCCCGUUCCCCACAUCCUCAACCCUCGCUGCCACCACACCCGCAGCCUCCCCUUUCCCUUCCCACCCUUCCCACCCUUCUCAUCCCUCGCCCCUGAUCGCCCGUGCAACAACGCUCCUCGACGUGGUGGUGAUUAUAACGAGGGGAAGCGACUCAACCAGCCCAGAGGGGGGAGAGGAGGGAGCAGGGGAAGUGGGGAGCAGCCUUGUGGGCAGUGCAGUCAGAAACAAGGGAGGAGAGGGGGGAGCAGGGAGGCGAGGGAAGCUGACAGUAGAGCUGGCAGCAGUGGGGGAGGCUGUUAGGAUGUCCCAGGCUGAGGUGGCGGAUUCCACGUCAGCACUGGACACUGGCCUGCGAUUGGUGGAUGAGGAGGUGCGGCUUCUGCAGCAGGAGAGAGAAGAGGCGAGGCUGGAGGAGGGGGAGGCAGAGCAGGAGGAGGAGGAAGAAGAGCGGAAGGAGAGGGAGGAGGGACAGGGGAAGGGGCACGAUAGCAAGGGUGAGGUGGAGAGGCAGCGGAAGGGGAAGAGGGUAGGGGAGGGCGGGCUGAUGACUGUGCUAGCAGAGUUCAGAUUGAGUGCAAGGAAGGAGAGGGAGGAGCUGGCCACGGAUGCUGAGGAGUGCAGGUCAAUGCUUCGACAGCUGGCAUGCUACCUUGGGGAGUCAAAACCCCAACCGUCGACAUCAGAUGCGCUGUUUGCAUCGCUGUGGUCGUUUGCCACUCUCUUUGAUCGAGCACAAGCGGCGCUUCACAUGUGA